GGGUCAAGGGUCACCGGGAAGAUGGCGGCGGCGGCGGUGACCUUCCGCCGGCUGCUGUUCGUUCUUCCCCGAGCCGGACGACACUUCGGGGUGCGAGUGUCACCGACCCGGGAGAAGGUUACGCACACCGGCCAGGUUUAUGACGAUAAAGACUACAGGAAAAUUCGGUUUGUUGGUCGUCAGAAAGAGGUGAAUGAGAACUUCGCUAUUGAUUUGAUAGCAGAGCAGCCUGUCAGCGAAGUGGACCAUCGGGUGAUCUCCUGCGAUGGUGGGGGUGGCGCCUUGGGCCAUCCCAGGGUGUAUAUAAACUUGGACAAAGAAACGAAAACAGGAACAUGUGGAUAUUGUGGCCUGCAGUUCAAGCAGCACCGUCACUAGCGCGCCCCCCGUGUGAUCUGGGCACCUCCCUGCUCCACAUGCCCGGGUGACGCUGCUGCUCGGGCACAGGUGUUCCCAGUGAUGAAUAAAGGACAUGGUCACCGUG